AUGGAAACAACUGCCCCACGUGCCGGAAGCCAGCUGGUGGCUACGACAACGCGCCACCUCGCGUCCCACCGCGCCGAGACUCUGCGGGUGUGCUCGCGAGACGAGCUUGCCGAAAUGGCUGCAACCAGUCAAGGAAACUUGGAGGAGAAUUUUGAGCCGCUGGACCUCGCAGAAUUUGCUAGAAAGCAGCCGUGGUGGCGCAAGCUGUUCGGGCAGGGGUCUGGGCCGUCCGCAGAGAAGUACAGCGUGGCCACCCAGCUGCUCAUUGGAGGCGUCACUGGAUGGUGCACAGGUUUCAUAUUCCAGAAGGUCGGGAAGUUGGCAGCAACAGCUGUGGGCGGUGGAUUUUUUCUCCUUCAGAUUGCAAACCAUACUGGCUACAUCAAGGUCGACUGGCAGCGUGUGGAGAACGACAUGAAGAAAGCUAAGGAGCAACUGAAGCUCCGGAAGAAUGGCCAGAUAUCUAAUGAAGUCAGGAGCAAAGCGGAGGAGGUGCUGUCAUUUGUCAAGAAGAACGUGGUUGUGACUGGGGGCUUCUUUGGAGGCUUUCUGCUGGGUAUGGCAUCUUAA